AUGAGUCCAUGGGGGACCGCUGCUGGCGUGUGGGGGCUGCCUGAGAUGGGGACCCACAGGAACAGAAAGGCUGCUCUGCUGCCGCUCACUCAGAGUGUGUGUGUGUGUCUGGAGGACAGCAAGGCAGCCAGGCUGGGCUCUGCUCUGGGCGCCCUGCAGCAGCAGCUGUCCCGCCUGCCUGUGCCUUACAGCUCGCAGCAGGAGGACGAGGAUGAGCACGGUCUGUGUCGCUGCUACAACGCCCUGACCAACUUCACAAAGCCUUUCGUAGAGGAGGUGAAGAGGAAGAUUGGCAGCUCCGUCACCACCUCUGAGGAUGAGGAGCUAAGGACCGAGCUUCUCAAGUUCUGCAUGCGGAGCUUGAGGGAGCCUUUGCUCGAGGCUGAACUGAACAGAGACAGAAAAUCCUCACUGUGGCUCUUUGCAACAGAGAUAAUGGUCACACUACCAGCAAUCCAAAAGUCUCUAUCAGAGCUCCUGUUCUUCAGCCCUCUGAAGAAAAGCCCCCAGAUGGACAGCAGUGAGUCCAAGGAGUCCAGAGCGUGUCUGGCUUAUUUACUGUUCGUCCAGCUCAUCACCAUCGACAGCUUUCCAGCAGUAUUCAGUCCUGUAUUUGUUCUUCAAUGCAACAUGGAAUACAUCAAUCAACUGCUCAGUAGCAAAAAGGAAUCCCACGUGCUCAAAGGACUGGCACUGUAUGAAAAGAGCUUGGAAAAUGUGCAGGACAACAGCCUUCCGGUGAGCCUACAGGAUCUGAAGAGCUUCUACAGUGCACCCCAGAACCUGCGGCAAGUGUUAACCGAUUGCCCAAUGCAGAAUUUGAGAGAAACGGGACUACAGGUUUUACAACUUUGUAUCGAUAAAUUUGAUUCUGAAGCAAAGCACAAGUUCUUCAGGUGCAUGUUGAAAACCAGCCACCAUGCAGGAGUGGAGAGUUACAUAGUAAAGAACAUCAGGAAUCAGGUUGAAUGUUCUAUUAAGCUGGGUAAUGCCAAUAAAUGGUUUCUGGGGGAGGAGCUUCUGCCGCUGUUGGGACUGGUGUUGUCUUUGCCACAAGGGGCUCAGACAGAUCUGCUCAACAGUAUGGACAAGAUAAUGGAGAGUCUGAAUCUUCUACGCUACCUCCUUAUCAGGGACACAGACCUGAGGAGCACUAUUGUGUGGGAGAAGCUGUGCAGGAUCAAAGAUGAAUACCUACAAAUGCUGCGUGUGUGCAUCAGCAUAUCAAGAGGAUAUUAUGCUGCUGAACUGAAGGCACUGCGGCAGGAUCAAAAGAUAAAAGCCAGAGAAGCCAGAGAUGCUGCCAGAUCCAGCCGACUAGUCAAAAGCAUAACGGUGAAAAAGGAGAAAAUGUCAAAUAUGUCCCCAGAGGUCCAGCACCAGGUGUUGCAGAGUGCUUUGGUCACAUUUGACCUGAUGGAAAGUCUUAUAUUCCGCAUUGAAGAGAUCACAGAUGAAAAGCAGAAGAGCCAAAAACUAAACUGAGGUGUCACCUCUGACUGCUGGGAUAUUUCUAUGAAGGUUUAUUUGAUGUGCUCUGCUUGACCAAUACAAAAAGAAUGUAAAAAUAGAACAAACUGUGAUAAACAUGG